UUCAGGAGGCGUGGCUUAUGAGCUAAUCAGAAAACCAGGUACAAAAGUAGAGAUGCAAUGAUGUAAUUGGCUUGAGAGUAUCUGGCAACGAUGGUGUUCAGGACCUUGUGUGUGGUGUUCCUAUUCCUGGCAAAAGGCUGCCGCUCACAGCUGGAUGUCUGUGGCCAGGCUACUCUGAACACCAGGAUUGUAGGAGGAGAGAAUGCUGUUCGAGGGUCUUGGCCUUGGCAGGUCAGCCUGCAAGUGUCAGGGAGCCAUUUCUGUGGUGGAUCCCUCAUCAAUAACGGCUGGGUCCUGUCGGCAGCUCACUGCUUUUCGAGUAUAAAAUACUACCAAGUGACUGUAAAACUUGGGCUGUAUACUCUGGAUGGAAGCAAUCCUAACAGUGUGUCGAGAUCCCUCACUGCAGCUUACGUACAUCCCAGCUACAACAGUAAAUCUAGUGACAAUGAUCUCGCGCUACUGCAGCUGUCUUCUCCUGUAACUUUCACAACUUAUAUCACUCCAGUCUGCCUGGCUGCAUCAGGGAGUACUUUUUUCACUGACCUUCAGUCAUGGGUCACUGGCUGGGGAAAUAUCAAAACUGGAGUCAGUCUACCCUCUCCUGGGACACUACAGGAAGUUCAAGUCCCAAUUAUUGGAAACAGGAAGUGCAACUGUUUAUAUGGAGUUGGAUCUAUCACAGACAACAUGGUGUGUGCUGGGUUGCUGCAAGGGGGCAAAGACUCAUGUCAGGGUGACUCCGGAGGUCCGCUGGUCGUCAAACAGGGCUCUCGGUGGAUCCAGGCUGGUAUUGUGAGCUUCGGUAAAGACUGUGCUCUGGCAAAUUACCCGGGUGUGUAUACCAGAGUUUCUCAGUAUCAGGAUUGGAUCGAUCAAGUAAUCACCAGCAACCAGCCGGGCUUUCUCACAUACACAUCCAGCGGCACUAACAGUGAUCUACAGGUGUCCUGUUCUGGCCUGCCAUCUGUUACCACGACUGCUCCUACAACUACUGUACCACCUGUGUUGUGUGGACAAGCUAAUCUCAAUACUGUUUCUGGCACAAGCAGUCCUUUGGCAUCAAUUGGUGCAUGGCCAUGGAUAGCCAGCCUGCAGAUUAACGGUACUCACAUUUGUGGUGGAACGCUGAUAGCUGAGCAGUAUGUCAUGAGUUCGGCUGAUUGCUUCUCUAGCUCAAAGAAACCCUCUGACUGGACUGUGAAACUGGGUCGACUCAACCAGAACGGCUCCAACCCCAGCGAAGUCUCUGUCACAGUGACUGAUAUCACAUUCAGCAACAGUGGCAAUAAUAACAUAGCAGUGCUCAAGUUGUCUACCAAGCCUACACUUUCCAGCUUCAUCCAGCCCAUAUGUGUGGACCUGGGGAACAGCAACUUUGGCAUUGGCGCUCAGUGCUGGGCAGCUGGCUGGGGCUCAGGGGGAGGAGUUGAACAAACACUUCAGCAGUUCAACACGACUAUCGUGAGCUGUGGAAAUACAUCUUCAUCAAACAGCAUCUGCAUCAACGCCAUACAGUUAGAACAGACUCAUAGUGGAGGUCCUCUAAUGUGUCAGAGUGGCCAGUCAUGGGUGCAAGUUGCAGUUUUAACUCUCACCAACAACAGUUUGAACAGCACCACUAAUUCUACCACCAGCUCCAACAGCACCACUAAUUCUACCUCCAGCUCCAACAGCACCACUAAUUCUACCUCCAGCUCCAACAGCACCACCAAUUCAACCUCCAGCUCCAACAGCACCACCAAUUCAACCUCCAGCUCCAACAGCACCACCAAUUCAACCUCCAGCUCCAACAGCACCACUAAUUCUACCCUCAGCUCCAACAACUCCACCAAUUCCAGCAACAACUCCACUAAUUCCAGCAACAACUCCACCAAUUCCAGCAACAACUCCACUAAUUCCAGCAACAACUCCACUAAUUCUAACAGCAGCUCCAACAGCAUUAGUCGCUUCACUAGAAGCUUGUCACCACGUGCCUCAGGUAUACAAACCUUCACUAAGACAUCCAGUUUCACAAGUUUCUUGAACACUACAGUGGGUUCCUUCCCUCCCUCCUCGCUAUCCAGCACCACAUCUGCAGCGUCUUCAGGCUGUGAAGCUUUGUCAUUCUAUUCAAUUACCUCUGUCCUUCUACUAUCCCUUCUUGUGCUCAUCCAAACCUUAUGUUUGGAAUAAUCAUCCCUAAUAAGCCAAUAUAUACAUAAUCAGGAAAAAUGGCAAUAUAUGUAAGGAAAAGUACACAAUAUCUCUCUUGAUUUAUCUUUCACAUUUACAUUUUUUUUGUUGUUGUUGCACUUUUUACCUGUCUGGCAGGUUACCAUCCAGAUCCGUAAUGGAACUAAAUCAUGUUGUUAGCUAAAUAUCCCAUUCUUCAUAACUUACUGGUUACACACAUGCAUUUUGAUUACUUUCAAUAAUACUUUGAAUACUUUUACAUUUUAAAACAAGGCAGCGUGCAGCUUUCAACAGUAUAACCUUAUCAUCACAGGUUAAAAUCCGUCACCAGUCAUAGACUAGUUUAACAAUAAGAAAACAAGACUAGUUUUAAGGUUAGGAGUUGUUGAAGACUAGAUCAGAAAACAAAACUAGUUCUAUUCCAUGUAGACGUGAGCAUGGGCAUUUGUGUGCUUGUGUGUAUAUGGAAAAGAAGAGUUAAUGCUCUACUCCAAGCAUGUUUAGCAUUGCGUACAGCAAAAUGCUGGCUUACUAUUUCCGAGCAUUGUACUGAAUUAAAGCAGGGCAUUUGUUUAGAGUAAAAUACCAGACAAUGCUAUACAGCGUAGGAAAAAAUUCAGUGCAAUUGGGAAAUUUCGAAUCUUAGUAUCACCAAACUGCCUACAGUCGGGUCUUUAACCCUCAACUGCACAGCUGUAUCCUGCCUCAACUGUGAAUCACUUUGAAAUAAGUAAUCAAGUAAAUGUAGUAGAUUAUAUUUUUAUUUAGAAUUUAUUUCCUGUAUCUUACUGAAAACAUACAGUGAUGUACAGUAAGUUGCAGUAUGUUAUGGUAAAUAUAUUUUACAAUUAUUUAUCGUGAAAUUUAUAGUGCUGCAAAUAGAGGCCAGUAAAUGACUGUACAUGAUAAACUAUUUUAUUAUAUUUUAUUUUAUUUCAAUUUUUUUCUACAGUGUAUGAUCUGUCAUUGGGAAAGAGCAGAAUGAGUUAUUAGGUAACUGGCAGUGAUUAAACUGAGAGAAAUAUCUGCCAAAAAAUAAAUAAAUCAGCGAAGUAAAAGACAAAAACUAGGCAGCAUAGUUUAAAAUUAGCUGAUCUAAUUUUACUGUUCAAGUAAAGUAAAGUACAGUACUUUUUUACUUACCUUUUUACUUUUUAUCUUAAUAUGUCUCGUAGUUAGGAGAAAUUGAGAUUGAUGGUGGGACUGUGGGGGGAAAUAAAAGAAAAGAAUCCUAAAAACCUGGGCUUCAGCUUCAGAGUUGGUGAAUCGUAGAGAGUUGAAGGUUAAGAGAAAGUUCAGAAACUUCAUCUCUAUUGGGGAAAGAGACAGAGAUCAUAAGAAAAAUGAAGCUUCAAGCAUGAUCCUGCUCCUAAAAGUUCCCUAAUCUGGUAUAUUUAUAGUGCGGCAUCCAUAACAAGCUGCAUUAAAAGAUUUUAAAGUAAGGGUUGUUGUUGUUUUUUCAGUAAAUCCUACUAACUGAACUUUGCUCAUGCACUGCAAUCAUGUUUGCGUUUAUUUUUUUAUUUUUUUAAUGGCACCUUGUACGAGUUGAGUACAUGAUGAAUGUAACUAUGAGACUGUACACUUUUGUAUUCAAAUAUUUUGUUUCAUAGUGUCUGUUUAAUAGUGUUCCUAUUACUUUGGAAAAUUUCCUAUAAUAUAUGGCAUAUAAAAAUCAACAAAAGGUUUGCUGGGUCAUGUGUCAUUUUUAAAGUUUUCUUUAACGUUUAUAUUUUUUACAGAAGGAAAAUCAGUGCACAGAAAUGAUUUUUGUAUUGUAUUGAACAGACACUGAGCAUAAAGAUGAAUUAAAAAUAUGCCUCAGGCACUGUUUUAAUUAUAGUAUA